AUGAAGUUACUUUUGUACUGGAUUUGGAUUGUCGGCUCUUCGAGUAAAAAAUUCAGGAGCAUCUAUCAUUGGUUGUUGUUGUGCUCUAACAGCACCUACUGCAAGGAUGUUUCUCAGGAGAUUUUGAGUUUGAAUAUUCGAUUAGAUACUGACGUUAAAUUAGCGAUUUUCGAGGAAAAUUCCUGCGAAAUUUUCGAAAUUUACAAUGCAGGAAUCGGAGUAACCCCCAAAAUUCAAUUUUUAGGAGAAUUCUCUAAUAAAACAUUGAAAUUUAUCGAUAAUAAAACGUUCUACGAAAGCAGAAAAUCGCUCGAAGAUGUUUUGAUAAGAACAGGAAGCGGAUACAAGUUAUCAUUCGAAACGGAUGCCGAUAUAGCCCGCGAGAGAAGAACAAGAGGCUACAGAACGUUCGAUAAAUUCAACUACCAGUUAUUUUUGUGUUUGAAAAGCAUCCACAAAUUUCAAUACAACACGACGUACCGUAACGCCUAUUUCGGCAACACCACUGAAGGCAUUGAUGCAGGAGUGGCCCAAUUGCUGUACGAGGAAACAGUCGACAUGAGCGUUUCGGGCGGUUUCAUUCGAGACGUCAGAAUCGAUUAUUACGAUUUUCUGGUUCCAGUUUACAAAUUCAGGAUCAGACCGCGCCCUGAUUUAUUGCGCAACCAAAUCCAUCUGUAUAAAUACCGGAACCCGAAUUCGAAAAUGUAUCAGUAUCAAUUGCUUCCAGUGUUUGAUCAAUCAAAUCUCUUCAAAUCUUCGAAAAUGUACAAAAUCUUCGUAUUCGUUUUCGCCAUCUUGGCCACGGCCUUCGCCGCCCCCAGGGCUGAGCCGCAACCGCUGCCGCAGCCGCAGCCGCAACCCCAGCUGGUGGCUGCUUAUUCUGCACCGGGAGUGGUCUCUGCCUACUCGGCUUACCCGGCAGGAGUCGCUUACUCCUCGCCUUACGUCUACUCCGGAUACUCCCCUGUGGCUUACACCGCUUACGUCUAGGAAUUUGGAUCAAGUUUUCAUGUUGAUUGCCUGUUUUUUUGUUCGUUAUAAUUUGAGUUAUUAAUAAAUUGAAGUUGCUUUAAA